AUGGCGGAAGGCACAUUAUGGCGUGUGGAUUUCAUUUUCGUGAAACCCAAGCACUUCAGUUUUGCAAAACUAAAUCACUCAAAAACUACAACAGACUUCAUAAUUAAAUUAAGGUGUCCAAAAUUUAAGUUUCCGCGAAGAUUCUGCAUAACUUUUUCUCAAAAAAUAAUAUCAAAAAAGAAUAGCGAUGAACGUUUAAGAGGUAUGAAAAAUGGAAGUAACGUGAAUAAAGAAAGAAAAGAAUUAAAAUUAUUCCACUUUGAAAUAUUUUUCAUGCUCUGCUAUUUUUCCGGAUAUUCUUGGACAUCCAAUCGUCAGCAAAGAUCAGCAUAA